AUGAAGAUUCCACUUGUGGCAAAAAAUUUCUUAUGGAAAUUGGGUAGUAACAUUCUGGCUACAAAGGAGAAAUUAUUUCACAAAGGUAUAGUACAAGACUCUUCUAGUCCUUUUUGCCUAGACCACGUAGAAACUGUGUUCCAUGCACUGUGGAGUUGCUCGACUGCUGUUGCUGUAUGGCAAGAUUAUUGCAGGCGUUUGCAGAAGAUGACUCUAGUGGAGGGCGAUGGGAUGCACAUCAUCCAGCUACUCAAGGAAAGGUUGGAUCAGGAAGACUUUAUUGAUGCUAUGAUGGUGCUGCGUCAGGCUCAGGAAAUGGCUAAGGGCUUUUCAGAAGCUUUUCAAGGAGGGGUUCUACCUCCAAUGGCAGUGGCCAACACUCCUCCAAAAUGGAGGCUACCGAAUGAUGGUUGGAUGAAGGCAAAUUGGGACGCAUCUCUUAACAAGAUAUCAAGGAACAUGAGUGUAGGGGUGGUGGUGCGGAAUGAUCAAGGGCAGGUUGUUGCAACUUUGGCCAAAGUCCUUCCAUUUAUAGAUGAUUCCACCACUGUUGAGGUUGUGGCAACAUGGCAAGUAGUCAAUCUGUGUGCGAGUAGAGGACUUCACCAUGUAGUGGUGGAGGGGGAUUUUAAGAUUGUAGUCAUAGAUUUGAAUCAGACCUAG